AUGACUGGCACACCACCAGAUUCUCCCGGCACAUUACCUGCGCGACCGAUGAGCGCCAUGGUCCGCCCAACGCCGAGGAGCAAUAGUCGCAUGAGCGUGCACAGCAAAACUGGAGGAGGUAGUAGAGCGUCGGAUGAGGACACGAAAACUGCUGUCAAAGUUGCGGUCCGAGUGCGACCACCUUUAAAGCCGACCGAUCCGGGUUACGAGCUCAUCCCUCAGAGGUUUCAACGGUCUAUGGUCCAAGUGCAAUCGCCGACUAGUUUAUCGAUCGAUUCGCCCCAAGGACGUAAACUGUUUGUUUUCGACAGAGUAUUUUCGCCCGACGUCGACCAGGCUGGGAUAUGGGAGUACCUUGAAGAGUGCGUCAGCGCUUUUACCCAAGGAUACAAUGUCUCGCUUUUCGCCUACGGCCAGUCUGGUGCUGGCAAGUCCUACACAAUGGGAACCUCGGGUCCUAGUGAGCAGGACGAUCCGGAUGCCAUGGGCGUCAUUCCUCGCGCUGCAACCGCGCUGUUCGAGCGAUUAGAAGGGCCGAAGGGGAACCCCAACCGAAGUUCCAUGUCGCAGCUUCGUACGCCCGCGCGAUAUGCGACGCAACCAGCCAACUUCUCCCGGGGAGAGAAGAACUGGACGCUGCGCGCUUCCUACGUCGAGAUCUACAACGAGCAGCUGAGAGACCUCUUAGUAGACGACCAUCUUCCGCCGCACGAGCGAGGUACCGUCACGAUUCGCGAAGACGUGAAGGGCAACAUCAUUCUCACAGGCCUGCGCCAGGUUGAAGUCAACUCGGUCGAGGACCUGAUGAAUGUCCUAACCCAAGGAUCUACGCUCCGGCAAACUGACGCGACAGCCAUAAACGCACGGUCAUCGCGUUCGCACGCCGUCUUCAGCUUGAACUUGGUGCAAAAGAAGAGUAAGAUGCAGGCAGCGCAAGGCCCCGAGAAGCGGUUUUCCAUGCCGGUAGAGGCUCUGACGGGCGCCGACACACUGGUUACAACCGACAGCAAGAUGCAUUUCGUCGAUUUAGCCGGCAGCGAGCGGCUCAAGAACACCGGUGCGCAGGGCGAACGGGCCAGGGAAGGCAUCUCGAUCAACGGCGGGCUUGCCGCGCUCGGCAAGGUCAUUUCGCAGCUGUCAUCGCGGCAGCCCGGGUCACAUGUGUCGUACCGGGACUCGAAGCUGACUCGGCUGCUCCAGGACUCCCUGGGCGGGAAUGCAAUCACGUACAUGAUUGCUUGCGUAACGCCUGCCGAGUUCCACCUCAGCGAGACGCUAAACACGGUGCAAUAUGCGCAGAGGGCCCGAGCGAUCCAGAGCAAGCCGCGGAUCCAACAGGUCGAGGAGGGUGACAAACAAGCCAUAAUCGACCGCUUGAAGGCCGAGGUCGCAUUCUUGCGGGAACAAAUCCGGAGUGCAGAACGAGGCGGGGGCGAGCGCCGCACCCUGACCCCUGGCGAGAGGUCCGAGCGGCAGAACGAGCGGGAGGUCGAGCUUCAGAAUCGCCUGUUAGACUCCGAGGAAAACUAUAAGGCCCUGAGCGAGCGGCAUGCACGAUUGAUUGCUGAGAUGGCAAAGGCCAGGGACAACGAGAUUGCGGAAAACCGGAACGGCGACGAAAACGGAGGCGACAGCGCCACUGAACGGUUGAACCGCUCCAACAGUUUUGCACAGGCCGUGGAGCAGGUGGUUCUGGAGUACGAGAAGACGAUUCAGUCGCUGGAGCAUUCCCUGGCAAGCACACGGGCCACCCUCGCCAUCACCGAGGGAUCCCUGCUGGAAAAGGAGACCAAGUGCGCGUACACCGAGACCAUCAACAACCAGCUCCAGGCACGGCUGCAGAAGCUGAUGGACCGCGAGGCUAGCACCGAGAAUUACCUGCACGAUUUGGAGGCCAAGCUGGAUGGGCACACGUCUGGCGAAGAGAAGAAUGCGACGAUCAUCCUGGAGCUGCGCAAGGAAAUCGCCCGUGUGCGCGAGAACGAGGCCGCAUGCGAGGACUACAUCUCGACACUCGAAGAACGCCUGGCCGAGGCAGAUCAGGAUGCUGAGCUGAUGCAACGUGAGAUUGACCGGCUGGAGCAGGUGAUCGAGCGGCAACGGAGCCUUGGAAAGCUGGACUCGCUGUUGUAUGAGCUUGACAACAUUGAGCAGGAUGCGCCAACAGGCGAGGUCGAGAAUGGGCUGAGUAACGGCGCAGGCCACCGGCGUACGGCCAGCCGGAGCAUUGCAGAGCAUUCGCGGAGUCAGAGCCACGUCAGCCGCCAUAGCCAAAUGGAGGAGACCAUCCCCGAGAGUGGAGAGGAGGAUAUCAUUCCGGAGGAGACUGAGGAAUCGACCGGAGAAGCAAAGGCGACCGCAGACGCCACGACGCCCAAGCCUGCGCAUGGUCACCUGGCCGACAACCGCGAAGCCGAGUAUCCCACCAGCCCGGCGCAAUCCAAGUUUGUUGCCGACAAGCUCGAGACGGUCACCCAGGAGCUCGUCGACCUGCGGGUCGAACACGAGGCAACGCUUAGCGAUUACGACCUCCUUCAAGCCAAGUACGAGGAAGCUCUCCGGGCGUUGGCAGAGCUGCAGGAUGUGGUGGACGAGUCGCGGCAUCCGCAACGCGUACGAGAUUCGAUGCUUUCCGUGGCGUCGCCGCUCCAGACAAGGCCCCAUUCCUUCUCGUCCGAUGCUAGGACCAACGAGACAAGAGCGAGGUCUCUCUCAUCCGAGUUGUCGUCUGCUCUGGAGUCUCCAGCUACUACUAUGGAGUCGUCCGAUGCCGAGACGGCGGUACCCAACGCUGAGGAUCGUGUGUCUCCAAGAACCGAAUCCGCUAGCGCUGACGCACUGUCGUCGGAGGUCGAGAGGCUGAAAUCGCUCGCUGCUGAGAGGGAACUCGCAGAGAGGGAACUUGCCGAGCGAUACGCCCAGUUGGAGGAACAGCACCAGCAGGCUCUUGACAUGGUGGAGGAACUCAAAACUGAGGUCGCCAAGGCUCAGGCCGCUGCUAGCAGCGAGAGUUCGUCGCCGAAGGGUAACGCUCCGGUGAUCCGUCGCAAGUCGAGCCAGAACGUGAUGAUCAUUGACCGUGCUCAUCGGUCAUUUGCAUCACUGCGAAACAUCGCAGCCGAAAACUUCGAGAACCAGCCGGACGUGAUGCAGAACUUCGAGCUCAACUUGAAUGCAGCCAUGCACGAACUGCACUCACGAUCCGAGCGGAUUCAGGAACUCGAGGCAGACGUUGCGACAGCCAAGAAAGAGAUGGAGACCAAGAUGACCAUCAUCUCCGGCUUGACCCGCGAACGGUCGAGUUUGAAGGCGGCCUCGCCAAUGGAUAUGGCCAUGGUAUCGACUCUCAGGGAGCAGCUAGAGCAGAGCGAGAGGCGGAUUAGGGAGAUGCAGGAAGCCCACUCGGCCCGCGAGCAGGAACUGGAAGCUCAGUUGACCGAGCUCCGUCAGUCACAUGAGAAGGCUGCCCGUGCGAUCACAUCUGCUGUAAAGGCGGCUUCCGAGCUGGAGGAGGCCUUGGACCAAGCAAGCCCAACGACUGAGGAAUCCACUGCACAUGCAGAGGUGGUUGCCGAAUUGCAGGAGUCGCUGAAGCACGCCACCCUCGCCGCGGAGCAGGCCACCGCAUCCGCCAACGCCGCUUCAGAGGAGUCCGCAGCCCAGAUCGAGCUGCGCGAGAAGAAGAUAUCGGAGCUUGAAGCCGAACUCAUCAGCUGGCAAGAAAAGCACGACACAGCGCUCCAAGGCAUGCGCGAUGCUGAGGAGCAGAUGAAGAAGACGAUCGCGGAGCUCGAGGUGGAGCUCGCUAACCGGGAAGACAAGCACAAGAAUCUUGUCGACUUCUUGAGGAGCGAAAUCGAUGAAUACAAGGGCUUGGUAAACAGCAACCAAGCCAAGGUUACUGACGCCGAAGAACAACAUAAGGCAACCAAGAGACUCCUCGAGAUACUCACUCAAGAGUGCGAUGAAGCCUCAAGGGAACUCGAAAUGCACAAGGAACUGGUGGCCAAGCUGCAGGCCCAGAUUGCGGACCACGAGCAGACCAUCAAGGCGCACCAGGAGAGCUUGCAUGAGCUGCAAUCGACGCACGCGAAGGAAAUUGAGGAGAUGAUGUCAUCAUCACAACAAGACGUCGAGUCGCAGCUGACGACCCUUAAGUCUGAGCACGCCGCGCGCAUCAGCAAGCUUGAGGGCGACCUGACCGAGGCGCGCGAAGACCUCAUGAAGGUCGCCACGCAGGUUGCCUUCGCCCUCGGCUUAGACGUCAGCCUCGAGAAGAUCUCGGAACGCAUCGAAGAUCUAGUCGAGCACCAGAAGGCUCUAGCUCAAGAGCAGGAGAAGAGGACAGAGCUCGAGCGCCAUGUCGUCGACCUGUCCAACAUCAACGACACGGUCAUGCGCGACCUGGAGACCGUUCAGGCGAGUUUGGCCGAGCUUCUCGAGACAGGAGGGGAGAAGGCGCAGAGCUCGCACCCGAUCCAGGAGCAGAUUGCCCUGGUCAAGAAGAAGCUGGUGGACCUGGAGACCAAGAACAAGAAGAAGUCGCGGCUCGUCGAGGAGCUCGAGGAACAGCUGCAGAACAACUUCGACCAGGUGCAGAUGGCGAGCAACCGCUUGUCUACGCUGCAAAUGGAGCGGAACGCCCAGCUGGAGGAGGCCAAUGCGGCCAAGUUCCAGCUCCAGACAGAGCUGGAUGCCAUCCGCAAGGAGUACGCCGCUCUCCAGGCCAAGUACGAGAGCAUCGUUUCCGAUGGCAUCCACGCUGUGGAGGGGCCGCAGCGCUCGGACUCGCACAAUAACAAAGUCCGCAAGACAGGUUCCGUUGCCUCGCUCCCGUCGCCGCCGCCUGCCAUCCCUCUGCCGCCGCUCCCCAACGGCAGCGCAGAGCGCGGCGCGGGUGCUGUCUCGCCGCCUCCCAUGCGCCCGCCAAGCAAAGACAUUGCCGCCUCGGCUGCCGCGGGCAUGGCGCAGAUCCAAGCCGACCAAGAGGAGCGCAUCCAGCUCAUCGAGAAGCACCUGCGCGCCGAGAAGCAGCUCACGGCGACGCUGGAGGAGGCGCUCACGGACCUGGAGCAGCGGCAGAAGGUGCUGCACGCGGACUGCGAGGCAUGGCGGCGCCGGGCGAACGAGCUCGAGGUGGAGCUCAAGGAGCUCAAGGAGAAGCCGGCGCAGGAUAACCGGUGGAGCCUGCAGCAGGUGGAGGAGGAGCGGCGGAAGCGGCGCGACGCCGAGAUCGCGAGGGAGCAUCUCGAGCAGCGCAUGAACACCAUCGCCAAGAAGAAGAAGAAGGGGAGUCUCAACUGCUUCUAG